UGCAACAUUUACAGUUAGUGAAUUGAACUGAAACAAUACACAGCUGAAUUGAGCCAAAUGACACCGUUGUCUUCUGUAGAACUGCUUAGAAUUGAAUUUUUUUGCAACAUUGACAGUUACUGAACUGAAAUGAAACAAUACACAACUAAAAUGAACUAAGCUCUAAACUUCUGUAGAGCUACUUUAUAGCAGAACUGAACUAUUAUAUGUGUCAUAACUGAUGAACUAUUCAACAUCGACAGUUACUGAACGGAAUUAAAUUAACACUUAAUUAAACUGAGUGAAUAAUGACACCAUUGUCUUCUGUAGAGCUGCUUUAUAGAAUUCAGUUAAUCUUAUCAUUGAAGACAUUUGCGACAUUGACCGUUACUGAACUGAACUGAGACAAUACACAUCUGAACUGAGCUGAAUAAUGACACUCGUCUUGUGUAGAGCUGCUUUAGAGCUGAACUGAAUUAUUGAAUGUUCAUAAUUGAUGAUCGACAGUUACUGAACUGAAUUAUCAAUUGUUUCAUAAUUGACAAACUAUGCAAUGCUGACAGACGUUGAAGUGAAUUAAAUCAACACUCAACUAAAGUUAAUAAUGAGUUAAAAUCGAAUUUGUUUAAUAAUUAAUGAACUUCUAAAGGUAACUUACAAAGGUCUUAAUGUUCAGAUUAGAUUUUUGGCUAAAAUGUUUUUCUUUUGCACACUACGAUUGCAGAAAUAAAAAUGUAUGCCGCUCGUUAGCGUGUGUUUAGCGAUUUUUAAGUUAAUUUGCAAUCGGAGCCUAAAUAAAAAAAAUGAUAUUAUUGUCUGCCAUUGUGAUUUUAGUCUUCCCGCCUUCUCCAGUGCGGAAAUUGCGACGUAAAAAGCGCAUUAAACGCAACACGGCCGUUCAGACUGAAGUCGCAUUGAAAAAAAUCUGAUUUGUGCUAUUCAGACUGAUAUGGGUCACAUUUGGGCCACUUUAGCCUGCAGUGUGAACUAAGUUUGUGACACGACUUUUGAGUAUCUUCUGAUAAUCGCUAGGCAGAGGAGGGACAGUUGCGGCGUCUUUUGCAUGAUCUGUCGUGUCGUGCCAUUUUAUCUUCCCCUGCAAGCAGCUCGUUUUCAUAACGCCCGAGGAGCCGCUCCGCGCUGGUUACCGUCAACAUGGAAAAGCCCAAGUUCUCUCUUUCCGCCCUGACAAGCACUCGCGGCGCGGUGCACAUAGCCCAGAUCGUGAUGUGCGUGGUGACGUUUGUGGUGAGCUUCAUCUGGGGUCACCCGCUCCACACCUACUGGAUCUACUGCAUGGUGGUGUGGGGUCUGUGUCCCAUCAUCACGCUGGUGGUCACCUUACUGGAGUUGUUCCUCAUCCACAAGCUCCUGGUGCUGUGCAUGGACUGGGACGACUUCACGACCGGCAUGGCCAUGAUGGCGUCGCUGACCACCUUCUCCUGCACGGUGAUGUGCGCCAACUUCUACAUCUGCCGGAAGUGCAUCUGGGGCUGGAUGGUCACGGUCCUCUCUGCGGUGUGCUGCGUACUUUACUGCGUGGAGACGUUCAGGGACAAAUGCGACGCCACGCGCUCCGCGACGUACGUGGCUGCGCUUCCGGGCUUCAUUAAGAUCCUCGAGGCCUUCGUUGCCUGCAUCAUCCUCAUUUCCCUGAUCGGUUACGUGGGUAAACCGGCUCUGCUGUGGUGCAUCGUGGCCUACGCGGUUCCUUUGCCUCUAACCCUGCUGAUCAUCGUCACCAACAUCUUGACCAAGAUAAAAAAAUGCCUGCCCUUCGGCAUUGAUGGCUUAACAAUGAUUUUCCUGAUCAUAUCGGUUUUGCUUUACAUUACUGCCGCCAUCCUCUGGCCCGCCUACAGCUUCAAAGGAAACCCACGGCCCAAAGACUGUCCCGGAAACAGCUGUAUAUGGAGCAUCCAGUUUGUCGUGACCUUCAUGACCUAUGUCAAUCUCGGACUGUACAUCGCUGACCUGGUCUUGACCUGCUUGGGUAUCUGUGGAUUCAAACGCUCUUAAUAGUAUCACUACUGUAAACUUAAAAAAUAAGAGUUGCAAAAACGUGCUUCUUGAUGCCAUUACAGAACAUUACUUACAGUUUUUUUAUUUAGUCCGUAGUACAAGCUUUUGCGCAUUGGAAAGGUUUCUGUGUUAGUGCUCUGCACCGAACCAUCAAUGUCAAUAGAAUCUUACUUUUUAAGUGUCUUUCAAGACGUCCAUUUUUUUCUUGUUUAUGUAUAGUUGUUGGAAACAUUUAUGCCUCUUCAAUUUCACUCUUAUAAAAAGCUUGGCUGUUCAAAAUAAAUGGAUUUAUUUAACUUCUGU